AAACUGCUCCAAAAGAGAUAAUACGUGAGCACAAAUACCUUCCUACUCCUCCGUGUAAGUCCCCCCACUAACCGUUUGUGGCUUGUGUUUAGGGUGCGAGCUGGCCUUCCAGCCUUGGGGGGUCAGAAGCCCGGUUUCACGAGGCCUCCAGAGCCUGGUCCCUGCUGGAUCCUGUGGUCCUUUUUUGCUGAGUGGGCCUGUCCUCUCACCACGCAGGGUGGCCCUGGCUCUGUGGUGCCGGGGAUCCUGCAGAGUAUUUUCACGCCCGUAGUUCUCCUCCCUGGUUGAAAGUGGUUAUUGUCUCCUUGCCGGGUGGUUCAGGGACUAGGGGAUGGGUAGCAACUCGGGGUGGCCUCAGGAGAGGGGGAGGGAGUCCUUCAAAAAACCGCUGCUCUUUAGUAGACACACCCUCAGCAGGGCAAGAGCUGGGACCACUGCUUUUCCUUUCCAUGGACUUGGGGGAAUGUCAUUCGUCCAUGAAUUCAACAAAUAUUUGAACUUGUGUUAUGUGCCAGGCAUUAAGGAUCAAGCACCGAAAAAGUCAGACAUCCCUUCAAGGAUGCCCUUGAUAGAGUCUUAUUCUGAGAUGUUAGAAAAAUAGUUAUCAGAGAAGAAGAACUGCUGGGUCGGGUUUAGAUGCUAAACGGCCUUCGGGAUUAAAGGUGGAGGUUGCAGGUUAACAGAAGACAUUUCUGAAAGGAAUGACUCUUCUGUAAUUAAAACAAAAGCAAAACACCAGUUACAAAUGGCGUUGUGGCUGAGACUGCUAGCUGGUCACGAAACCUGUCUCCUCCUCUUGGGCAGGUAGCCAGACUGCAUUUCCCAACCUCCCUUGCAAUUAGGGGUGGCUUCGUGGCCGUAUUCUAGCCAAUGGAGGGAGAGCAGAGAAAUGUGCCACUUCCAGGCCUGGCUGGUAGAGCCCUCCAGGCACGGCAUCCGUGCCCUUUCCCUCUGCUGGCUGGUGCAGGAGAGCCCAGUGACCUGGGGCGGCUCCUCCCUAGGAUGGAAGGAGAUCUGGGGCCAGAGCCGCUGCUCGGAGGAGAGCUGCCUACUGAUCUACUGUUUUGGACUUUACACGAGCAAGAAAGCGUUUCCCAAAGUGUAUUCUGCGGAGCUAGCACCUACUGUGUUCUCAACACCGUGCCGCCUCUAGAAGAUGAUCAUGGGAACAGCAAUAGUAGUCAUGUAAAAAUCUUUUUACCGAAAAAGCUGCUUGAAUGUCUGCCGAAAUGUUCAAGUUUACCCAAAGAGAGGCACCGCUGGAACACUAAUGAGGAAAUCGCAGCUUACUUAAUAACAUUUGAGAAACACGAAGAAUGGCUAACCACCUCCCCUAAGACAAGGCCGCAGAAUGGCUCAAUGAUACUCUACAACAGGAAGAAAGUGAAAUACAGGAAAGAUGGGUAUUGCUGGAAAAAGAGGAAAGACGGGAAGACGACCCGAGAGGACCACAUGAAACUGAAGGUCCAGGGAGUCGAGGUAAAACGCAGACGAGGCUCCCUUGUUCCAUAGACCUCAUUUCCGGGCUGCCUUGGAUGGCAUUUGAUGCCAGUCACCUCUUGUCAAAAAGGAUUUCUUUUUGCCAAGA